GAUGGGAGAGAUCCAAAAAAAAGGCAUACAGAUCCUCUCAUUUUCACCUCUAGCUCUGUAAGAAAAUAAUGACACUUUUUAUCAUACAGGUUCAUAGCCAAGAACAUUAUGAAGCUGCAGCGUCUGGGGAUAACCCAUAUUCUGAAUGCAGCAGAGGGGAAGUCGUUCAUGCAUGUGAACACCAAUGCAGAGUUCUAUGAGGGCACGGGCAUCAGAUACCAUGGGAUUAAAGCUAAUGAUACGCAAGAGUUUAACCUCAGUCGCUAUUUCGAGGAGGCAGCUGAUUUUAUUGAGAAAGCACUGUCCCAGAAGGAUGGACAAGUGUUUGUGCAUUGCCGUGAGGGCUACAGCCGUUCUCCUACCCUGGUCAUUGCCUACCUCAUGCUUCGCCAGAACAUGGAUGUCAAGACUGCGCUGAUCACGGUCCGGCAGAAGCGAGAGAUUGGCCCCAACGAUGGCUUUCUGAGGCAGCUCUGCCAGCUCAACGAGCGCUUGCUGAAGGAGGGCAAACUGAAGCCCUAG